GAGUGGUUUAAAUGUAUUUCUACUUAAGUACUUUACAUUCUAUUUGUAUCCAGUUGCAAGUGUUGAUACAUUUAUUCCAGCAACAUAGCACCCUGCAUCCUACUGCUAGUUUACCAAUGAAACUAAGCAGGUUUUGUCCUAUUCGUCCCUGGAUCGGGGACAAGAUGUUGCUGGAAGUGGUGCAAAAAAAUUAUUUAGAGUUUGUCAAAAAUGUUUUCGCAAAGGUAGAAACUGUUACAAAGGAUGAGAUCGUAUUACGACAUUCUCCUGUCUGAGCGCGCGAAGCAUCACUGGUCCACGCGCCGCCUUCAGUUUAUUCGCAGUCGAAGGGAGGAGAGAUAGAUAAUACGCAGCAGUGUAUUUUAGUGGUGCUAGUGUAGCAGACUAUUUAGGUUUCAGAUAUUGUAUAAUUCUCGAAUUCCUCCUGAGAGAUAGAGAAUGUUUGGACACUGGGAACACGUCGGCGCACCUAGCCUACGGCAGCAAUGAAUUCACGCGGUUUCCGGUUCUUCGUCGCUAUCUCUGAGCUGAAGAAGACUCUAACAUUAUGUAUAACGUUAGUAGCUAACUAGAGCAGUCGACUGUUUCCAUACCUGGGUUUGCAGAAAAGUAAAGCAUGACAACGUCCUCCGCGGGGUAAAACUACGACUGGCAAUAUUAUGUUAUGAGGUGGCAACACACAUCUCUGCGUGCCUGGCAGAUAUCUCAAAUUGGAUGUCGGCCCACCACCUCAAGCUCAAACUCUACAAGAUGGAGCUGCUCUUCCUUCCGCCCGGCCCUGACCAGCCCUGCCACUUUGAUCUGUGAGAGCGAGGAGAGAGCCCUCAGAUAAUGGCCUAUAGGAUAAGCAGUAGAAAAACAACUGAGGAGCAUCUGUUUGUGGAUCCAGUCCAUGUCAACCUUCAGGGCAACCAGAACUCCUCCCCAAAAAGACAUCUGACUUCUGCUGAAAGAUCCCAGUGAGAGUGUCUCCAUCAUGAGGCUGGUGUGGAAGUCCUUGGACAAGAUGAGGUGUUUCCGUAAACGCUCCACCAUCCCCUUCCUGGGGGUCCUGAUCACCUGUCUACUCUUCCUCAAUCUGUACAUUGAGGAUGGGUAUGUGCUGGAGGAGGAUAAAAGACAACUGAGAGAAACAUCAAUGCAUCCUUCAAACUCUGAGAGAUAUGUUCACACCUUUAGAGAUCUCACAAAUUUCUCUGGAACCAUAAACGUCACAUAUCGUUACCUUGCUGGAACCCCUUUGCCUCGAAAGAAAUAUCUAACCAUUGGACUGUCGUCCGUCAAAAGAAAAAGAGGGAAUUACCUCAUGGAGACAAUCAAAUCCAUUUUUGACCAGUCCAGUUAUGAGGAACUGAAAGAGAUUGUGGUGGUGGUUCACCUGGCGGACUUUGACCUGGCCUGGUGUGAAAACCUGGUGCAGGACAUCUCCAGGAAGUUUGCCCACCACAUCAUCGCUGGGCAUCUCCUGGUGAUCCAUGCCCCUGAGGAGUACUACCCAUCACUGGAUGGGCUGAAAAGGAACUACAACGACCCAGAGGACAGGGUACGCUUCCGCUCCAAGCAGAACGUGGACUACGCCUUCCUCCUCAACUUCUGCACCAACCUCUCAGAUUUUUACAUGAUGCUGGAGGACGAUGUGCUCUGCUCACGGAACUUCCUGACAUCCCUGAAGAAGGUGGUCACCUCCAGGGAAGGCUCCUACUGGGUGAUGUUGGAGUUCUCAAAGCUUGGCUACAUAGGGAAGCUCUACCACUCAAGAGACCUUCCGCGACUGGCCCACUUCCUGCUCAUGUUCUACCAGGAGAUGCCUUGCGACUGGCUCCUUAUUCACUUCCGGGGCCUGUUGGCCCAGAAAGAUGUCAUCCGCUUCAAGCCCUCUCUGUUCCAGCACAUGGGCUACUACUCCUCAUAUAAGGGAGCAGAGAACAAGUUGAAGGAUGAUGACUUUGAAGAGGACUCUAUUGAUAUCCCUGACAACCCUCCUGCCAGCAUGUACACAAACAUUAAUGUAUUUGAAAACUAUGACGCCACCAAGGCUUAUAGCAGUGUGGACGAAUACUUUUGGGGGAAACCUCCCUCUACCGGAGACUUCUUUGUCAUAGUAUUUAACAAAUCAACUAAAAUAAGCAAAAUCAAAAUCUUGACAGGAACGGACGAUCGUCAGAACGAUAUCCUGCACCAUGGAGCUCUGGAAGUAGGAGAGAAGCUGGUGGGGACAAAGAGAGGAAGGCAGUGUUCUUCCUACAUCACGUUAGGGGAGUUUAAAAAUGGCCACAUUGAGGUCAAAGAUGUGGACCACAAGAUUGCCUUUGCUAUUGAGUGUAUUCGUAUUGUGGUAACUGCCAGUCAGAAAGAAUGGCUGAUUAUUAGGAGUAUAAGCUUGUGGACUACACAACCUCCCAGUCAAUGAGGACAAUACAAAAACUAUCAUCAUACCAUGUGGGUAACAGUUGGUUUACUAAUUCAUUUGACAAUGUAUUCAUUUAUUUACGUAUUAUUGUGUUUAUUUAUUGUUGCAUGUGUUUAUUUACUUAAUUAUUUAUUUACCCAUUUAUUUCAUUUUAUAGUAUAUGUAUUUAUAUUUUUAUGUACAAUUCAAUCUAGAGUUUUUAUAUUUGAAACUAUACUUUAUUGCUUUUUACAAUUAAGGAAAAAUGUUUAAUGAUUGUCUGACUAACUACUUUAAUGGAUGUUGACCCGUUUUUAUGAAUGUGAGAUCAUGGGAAAUAUCUGUUGGCUAUUAUACUCAUGUUGUACAUCUUAUUAUUAUUUAUGUUUCUCAGUGUCUUUCCACAUCAAAAGUAGCCUCUGGGUCCUCUGGACUUGAACAGUGUUGAUUAAGAAAUAGCACACCUGCAGACAAGUAUAGCCUUAGGAACAUAGUAUUGCUCCAAAUGUUCUUGCUAUCAGAAAAUAGCCCCAUUCAGCCCUUUCCAAAGUAAUCGUCAUCCUUUACAUCUUACCCUACAAGCAUUAUGAUGGUCAUUCUGUCUGUGAAUAUCCAGUGUGUCCAUUCAAUCCCUCCUAUUAAGGCGGGCGUGGUGUUAGAGUGUUGGAGCGAGCUCUGCAAAAGUAUUUCUCUGGCACUUUCUCUGGCGCCGUAUGUUCCAUCAGAGCCGCUGACAGAAGAACAAUGUUUGUUUUCACCCUUCUUCUCUAACAUCUCAGAUUGGCGCGCACAGUACGGAAUGGGGUGGAACUGAUAUUUGCCUUUUUUUUUGUCACCACAGCAGACUUUUACCGGAGUAAAUUGGUCUGUGUUAGGAGCGCUCUGCUCUCUACACCAGCAAACAACAACACCCCUGGAGCUAGGGUCUCAAGUAAAUUCACUCUCUUUACCCAAUGAUGUGCUCUCAGGCACUAAAGGAUCUUCUCUUAGAAUGUUUCUGUAAUAUAGAAACAAAUCAACUUUAUUUACUCUGUGUGGUGCCUGUGGGCCAUGGUAAACUCAAAUCAAAUCAAAUUGUAUUUGUCACAGGCUUUGUAGACAACAGGUGUAGACUAAUAAUGAAACACUUACUUACGGGUCCCUUUCCAACACUGCAGAGUUAAAGAUAAUAAUUUUUUAUUUAAAUAAAAUAGAACUAGUGACAUGAGGAAUAAAUACACAGUGAAUAACGAAUACAAAUAAAGAGUAAAAAUAACAUGGCUAUAUAUAGGAAGUAGAAGAUACUAUAUACAGGGUGUACCAGUACCGAGACGAUGUUCAGGAAUACAAGGUCAUUGAGGUAGUGUCAGGAUGUAGUGUACUGUACAUAUGCACUGCCUUCAGAAAGUAUUCAGACCCCUUUACCUUUUCCACCUUUUUUUUAGGUUACAGCCUUAUUCUAAAAUUGAAUCAAUUGGUUUUUUUUCUCAAUCUACACACAAUACCCCAUAAUGACAAAGCAAAAAUAAGUUUGUAGAAAUUUUGGCAAAUUUAUCAAAAUAAAACAAUUUGAAAUACGACAUUUACAUAAGUACCCUUUACUCAGUACUUUAGGUGCUUUUUGGCAAACUCGAAGCGGGCUGUCAUGUCAUGCUUUUUAAUGAGGAGUGGCUUCCGUCUGGCCACUCUACCAUAAAGGUCUGAUUGGUCGAGUGCUAGUGCUGAAGAGAUGGCUGUCCUUCUGGAAGUUUCUCCCAUCUCCACAGAGGAACUUUAGUGCUCUGUCAGAGUGACAUCCCUGACCAAAUCAAUUCAAAUGUUAUUGUUCACAUACAUAUAUUUAGCAUUUCUCCCCCGAUUGCUCCGUUUGGCCAGGCGGCCAGCUCUAGGAAGAGUCUUUGUGGUUCCUAACGUCUUCCAUUUAAGAAUGAUGGAAGCCACUGUGUACUUGGGGACCUUCAAUGCUGCAGAAAUGUUUUGGUACCCUUCCCCAGAUCUGUGCCUCGACACAGUCCUGUCUCGGAGCUCUACAGACAAUUCCUUUGACAUCAUGGCUUGGUUUUUACUCUGACAUGCACUGUCAACUGUGGGACCUUAUAUAGACAGGUGUGUGCCUUUCCAAAUCAUGUCCAGUCAAUUGAAUAUAUCACAGGUGGGCUCCAAUCAAGUUGUAGAAACAUUUCAAGGAUGAUCAAUGGAAACAGGAUGCACCUGAGCUCAAUUUCGAGUCUCAUAGCGAAUGGUCUGAAAACUUAUGUAAAUAAGGUAGUUCUGUUUUUAUUUUUAAUACAUUUGCUAACAUUUCUAAGAACCUGUUUUGUCCUAAAGGGGUAUUGUGUGUAGAUUGAUGGAAUAAGACUGUAAUGUAAGAAAAUGUGGAAAAAGUCAAGGGUGCUGAAUACUUUCCGAAGGCACUGUAAGUAGGGGUAAAGUGACUAGGCACAGGUAGAUAAUAGACAGUAGCAUAUGUGGUGAGUGUGUGCGUGUGUGCGUGCAUGGCGUCAGUAUGCUGCAUGUGUGUGUGGGAGUACAGUGCCUUCAGAAAGUAUUCAUACCCGUUCACUCAUCCCACACAUUUUGUUGUGUUACAGCCUGAAUUCAAAAUUGAUUAAAUUGAUUUAUUUACUUCACCCAUCUACACACACUACCCCAUAUUAACAAAGUGAAAGCAUGUUUUUAUAAAUUGUAGCAAAUGUAUUGAAAACGAAAUUUACAUAAGUAUUCAUACCCUUGAGUCAACACUUUUUGUAGAAGCACCUUUGGCAGCGUCUCUGAGAACUUUCCACACCUGGAUUGUGCAACAUUUGUCCAUUAUCCUUUUCAAAAUUCUUCAACCUUGGUCAAAUUGUUUGUUCCCUCCUGUCCUCUUCUCUUUCUGAUAUUCUGCAUAGCAACAGGGACAUGUGACAAACCAGUGGUUCCCAAACUUUUCAUAGUCCCGUACCCCUUCAAACAUUCAACCUCCAGCUGCGUACCUCCUCUAGCACCAGGGUCAGCGCACUCUCAAAUGUUGUUUUUUGCCAUCAUUGUAAGCCUGCCACACACACACACUAUACGAUACAUUGUGUUGUUAUUUCGCUGAAACCUAGAUGGUUUAAUUUUAUUUUUGGCAGUGAAACGAGGCUACUCAAGAGGCGAGAGAAAAAACUCACCCAAAUGUAUAGCCCCAUUGGAAAAUCUAUAUAUAUUUUUUAUGUGAAUCACAUUUCUAUUUGGCGUACCCCCGACAGCAUUACACGUACCCCUGUGGGUAUGCGUACCCCAGUUUGAGAAUACCUGUGAUAGAAAGCCUGACCUCUCCCCUCUCUGGGCCCCAGGUGAUUGAGGCCCAUAUGAGGGAGGAAGUGCAACUGCCAACACCAGCCUCCAAAGGGAUAUAUUCUAACAAGAGUUUUACAGUUUUAGAGAGGCGGGUGAGUGCCUACUCCAACUACGGCAGGGUGGCCACACGCCUCCCCGCGGAUGAGCGACGCCGACUGAGACAGUUGGGGCUCUGUCCCUAUUGUGGGGGCAAUGUCCGAACUGUGUCUGGUACGUCCCAAAACGGAAUCCUCGAGAGCAGAAGGAUGGCCCUGUGAUCAUCUGUCUCCUGGGUUAGUCUUGAGUUAUCCAUCAUCACUUUCCGCCAUACCUUUUUUUGGUAUCGAUUUCACUCAUCUCUUGUUUCUACAGCUCUAGUGGAUUCCGGUGCCGGGGAGAAUUUUAUUAACCAGGCCCUUGCCUCCUCCCUGCACAUCACCUCAUACCCGCUCUCCUCUCUGUUUCCCAUCCAAGCGUUGGAUAUGCGACCAUUGGGAUCCGGCACUAUUACGCAUGUCACAGGUCCACUCACCCUCACCGUGGUCCCCAAGCACCAGGAAAGCCUUCCCUUCCUCAUCACCUUCACACCGAUGCACAAAGUCAUCCUCGGCCUCCCGUGGCUGCAACUUCAUAAUCCCACCAUCUCCAGGUCAGAGAGGAGGAUUACCACCUGGGGACCAGGAUAUCAGAGGACCUGCUUUUCCGCACCUUGUGGUUCCACAUAGGCCCUAUCAGUGUCUACCAGCCCAUCAAUCGGUCCUCCUGUAUCGUUGGCACUUGGUUUUGGGGCGUAGAUGCAGACAUCCGCCAGGCUCUGGAGAGGGAAACUGCUCCUUCGACCUGCCCUCCGGAGUGCAUCUACGCCCCCUCGGGGGUCGGUUGCUGACCUGAGCACACGCAUCCCUCGCCGCUGGACCCCCAUGUAUCACCCGCACCACUCAAUCCCUUUCUGAGAAAUACUGAUUGCCCCCUUUGGCGCGGGACGUUGCACACUGUCAACUCAAGUUAAGUAUGUACUCAAUCUAAAUCUCCCCGGCACACUCCAGCAGGUAAACUUAUUCCCCUUCCCAUGCCUCAGCGUCCCUGGUCUCAUCUGUCCAUUGAUUUCGUCACUGAUCUCCCCUCUGAUGGUUUCACCACCAUUUUGGUGGUUGUGGACAGAUUCACAAAAUCAUGCCGCUUCAUCCCUCUCUGGUCUCCCUACCCUUCUCUAGGUCGCUGAGGCACUGUUCCAGCAGGUCUUUCGUCACUAUGGCCUUCCGGAGGAUAUCGUCUCCGAUCGUGGCCCCUAAUUCACAUCACGUGUAUGGAAGGCUUUCAUGGAGAAGCUGGGGGCCUCAAUCUAACUGGCAGGUGCAGAGGAUGAACCAGGAGCUGGGAGGUUCAUGAGGAGUCACUGCCAGAACCGGCAGGGGGAGUGGGCCCGAUUCCUUCCUUGGACUGAAUACGUCUAGAAUUCCUUGUGACACUCUUCCACUGUGCUGACUCCCAGUGUGUUCUGGGUUAUCAGCUGGCCCUGGCUCUGUGGACUCCAAGCCAGACCGAAGCUGCUGCAGUGGACGAGUGGUUCAGGCACGUAGAAGAGGUAUGGAACGAUGCCCACGUGAGAGUCCAGCGCCCUGCCUGCUGUCAGAAAGAGCAGGUGGAUCGCCACCGCUGUGAAGCUCCCGUGUUCCAUCCUGGUGAUCACGUCAGGCUCUCCACCAGGAACCUCCCACUCCGCCUGCCCUGUUUGUGGGGCCGUUCAGGGUAUCUAAAGGGACAAUGAGGUAACUUACAGGUUACAACUCCCCACUAACUACCGGAUCUCACCAUCUUUUCAUGUUUCCCUCCUCAUGCCGGUGGUUCCUGGUCCCCUGGCUGAUGCCGUGCCCCACGACACCCCUUCACCUCCCUUGGAUAUCGAGGGGAGCCCUGCCUAUGCUGUCAGAUCACUCCUGGACUCCCGACGUUGUGGGGGUCGGCUCCAGUACCUGGAGGACUGGGAGGGGUAUGGUCCAGAGGAGCGGUGCUGGGUUCCGGUGGACGACAUUGUAGAUCCCAACAUCAUCCGAGAAUUCCACCUUCGCCGAAUGGCCCGGUCCUCUCCCUUGGGGCCGUCCUUCUGGAGGGGGGGGGGGGGGGUACUGUCACGUUUACUCCUCCUCUCCAGCGCACUACUAACCACCGGUCUCGGCAAUUACCCACAUCUGACAACCCUCAUUAUGCACACCUGCACCCCAUCAUGAGGCAUAUCUGAGCUGUGUUCGAAUACCCAUACUAACAUACUGUAUACUACAUACUAUUAGUUCAUUAUUAUAUUAUAGUUCAUUAUUGUAUACUGUAAAUGAACGGUAUCCUUUCAGUUGAGCGUACUAGCGCUUCGCUGUCUAUCGGAAGUUGAAGCUGUUGCCAUGCAACCUCUUGCUAGCUUGUUGGCAUAACACAUUUCUAGCUAGACUGUUUGUAAAUUCAAUCUGGAGUCCAGGGUGCGCUCGUAUAUUAAGGGCGUUGUCAGAUUGUCCGUUCAUAAAUUCAGAGCGUUUUUUCUCUUGGAGAGUUCAGAGCGCAUAGUGGAAGCUCUGACUGAGGAGUAGGGUUGAUCCGAGCGUUCUGACCUCACAAUGGCAGUCAAGCUAUAUGGCUAACUUGCUAGCUACUUCCAGACACAAAUGAGAGAACACCUCACUCUGACCAUUUUACUCGCUGGUAGGCAGUUUUUAUGUUAUAAAGAGGGUUGGUGACCGUAGCUGCUGCUGGCAACAAUUUAAUGACACUUUUUCUGCUGACUUACUGACACAUUCAACGGGUGUCGAGCGUUCAUCAAUUAAUCAGUUAUUCUGUGCUCUGCCUCUGGCAGUCAGACGAGUAGAUAGCCAGAUCGAAUUUACGAACGGACCCGAACAACUAACCUCGCUUAGUUAAGUUAUGAAUGACAUGAAUAAUCAAGUCAAUAAACGUUGAGUAGUUAGUUAGAUAGCCUGAAGUAAAUAUACUGGCAAGUUCGAUAUACUUGUAGCCAAACUGACGUCACAGUAGGUAGCUAACAUACCCGGUACAUACUGCUGUAAUAUGCUAUGCGGUUCGUAAGGACAGCGUAGCUAACAAAUUGUCAGCCAACAUAACGUGUAAUGUAACUUAUUUGAAAAGUCAUUACUUUAAUACAUUGCUUAACAUUUGUCAUAAUUAGUUAAAGCAAAGAAUUAGUAUCCACUCUCAUCUGUCUUCCGCUGUAUAUUUUCCACCAUUUUCUUCAAAUCUGAACCUUAUGAAGCCAUGCCCAUUUUUGGAAGAAUUGCAUUAUGGGCUCUAAAAGCAAGGAAAUAGUGUCCACUGCGUGUAUACUUCGUAUUUUGAUGAAUUUAGUAUGACAUCCGGGAACUUUUGGUAUACUAACUAUAUCCAUACUAUGACCACUAAGCAUACUAUAUACUAAAUUUACAUCACAAAUAGUAUGGUUAGUGCAGUUAGUAUGAGUAUUCGAACACAGCUCUGGACUCCAUCACUACCCUGAUUACUCCCCUUCAUCUAGCACUCCCUAGCAUCACUCUUCAGGCAGUAUUGGUUAUGUUUCCUUGUCAGACGGUUCUCUUGUGUUGUAUUGGUCUACGUUCAUUAUUAUUAAACUCACUAACUACCCUUGCUUCCUGACUCCCUGUGCCAACGUUGAAUCUGUGUUUGAAAUGUACUGCUAGACUGAGGGACCUUACAAUUAUUUGAAGUAGUCUUUCAAAAAUCAUGUUGCACACGUUGAGUCCAUGCAACUUAUUUGAAUUGUUAAGCUAAUUUUUACUCCUGAACUUAUUUAGGCUUGCCGUAACUGUUACAUCUGCUCCUGCAAUGCCCUCUACUGCUCAUCCUGUGUCUCCUUGACCUGCCGCCACUCCCCCAGUACUCUCUCCCUCUCUCUCUCUCUCUGUGUAUCUGUGAUUGUGUGGGGGCGGAGACAGGUGUGCUGGAGUCAGAGCAGAUCCCCACCAGCUGCAACCUGUUCCAUAAUCAAGACCUCUAUAAAUACUCAGACCUGCCACUUCCACGCUACCAGCUCAUAAUCUCUGCUCAGUCAGUCUACGGUUCUAGCCGUUUGUUACUAUUCAGAUCCUGUUGUGCCUGUUUUCCUUGCCUGACGCUGUUUUCGCCUCAGCUACAGUUCUGCCCGCUCUGACUCUGGUACCUGUCUCCAAUCCCACGUCUCGACCAUCCUGCUACUCUGUCCUGGAUUCCCCACUCUACUACUCCCUACUCCCUACUAAUCCCCCUCCGGACCCGUUUACACUGUCUCAACCCCUCUCGCUCCAGCCUCAGCCUCCGCACCUGGUUUCCAGCAACCUGCCCGUGCUUCCCCUGACCUGCACUCCAUCCCCCUGUGUUUCAAUAAAUACCUUGGUUACUUCAUCCCAGUCCCCUUGUCUGAGUCUGCUCUUGGGUUCCCCAGUUCCACUACACGUAACAAUAACGAAGGGGUUGAAUACUUUUCAGCUUGUCAUUUUGUCAUUUCAAAACAAUUCCACUUUCACAUGGGGUAUUGUGUGUAGGCCAGUGACAAAUAAUUUUUAAUUUCAGGCUGUAACAACAAAAUGUGUAAAAAAUCACGGGGUGUGAAUACUUUCUGAAUGCACUGUAUGUAGUGUGUGUUGGGGUCACUGUAUGUGUGGGUAGAGUCUAGUGUGUGUGUGCAAAAAAAUGGGAAAUGCAGGUAGUCAGGGUAGUCAUUUGAUUAACUAUUUAGCAGUGUUUAGAUUUUUUCUGGCUUGGGGGUAUAAGCUGUGCAGGGUCCUGUUGGUUCCAGACUUGGUGCAUUGGUACCGCUUGCCAUGUGGUUGCAGAAACCACUGUCUGUGGCUUGGUUGGCUGGAGUCUUUGACAAUUUGUAGGCCUUCCUCUGACACCACCUGGUAGCGGUCCUGGAUACCAGGGAGCUCGGCCCCAGUGAUGUACUGGGAUGUACGCACUACCCUCUAUAGUGCCUUGCGGUCAGAUGCCAAGCAGUUGCCAUAGCAAGCGUUCAUGUAGACCAGGGGUGGGUAUCUCCAGUCCCUGGGGGCCUGAUUGGUGUCACACUUUUUCUCCGUCCCUAGCAAACACAGCUGAUUAAUCAAAUUGCAUUCUAAAUUGAAGAUCAUGAUUAGGCGAUUAUUGGCGUCAGGUGUGUUAUCUGAAGCAAAACUGUGACAGCAAUCAGGCUCUCAAGGACUGGAAUUGCCGACCCCUGAUGUAGACUCUCAAGAUGCUCUCUAUAGCGCAGCUGUAUAAAUUAUUGAGGAUCUGAGGGCCGAUACACAAUUUUUUCAGCCUCCUGAGGGGGAAGAGGCGUUGUCGUGCCGUCUUCACGACUGUUGGUGUGUUUAGAUCAUGAUAGAUCCUUAGUGAUGUGGACAACUAGGAACUUGUAGCUCUGCACUACAGCCUUGUCGAUGUGAAUGAGGGCAUACUCAGCCCUCCCGUUUCCUGUAGUACACAAUCAGCUCCUUUGUCUUACUGACGCUGAGGCAGAGGUUGUCUCUGACCUCCUGCCUGUAGGCUGUCUCGUCAUCGGUGAUCAGGUCUACCACCGGCGUGUUGUCGGAAAACAUAGUGAUGGUGUUUGAGUCGUACGCGGCCACAAAGUCAUGGAUGAACAGGGAGUACAGGAGGGGACGGAUGUGUUGUUGCCUACCCUCAACACCUGGGGGCAGCCUGUCAGGAAGUCCAGGAUCCAGUUGUAGAGGGAGGUGUUCAGUCCCAGGGAAUUUAGCUUAGUGAUUAGCUUUGAGUGUACGGUGGUGUUGAACUCUGAGCUUUAGUCAAUGAACAGCAUUCUCACGCAGGUGUUCCUUCUGUGGAAUGCAAACGAGGUUGCGUCAUCUGUGGAUCUGUUGGUGAGUUGUGCGAAUUGGAGUGGGUCCAUGGUGUCUGGGAUGAUGGUGUUGAUGUGAGACAUUUCAAAGCAUUUCAUGGCUACAGAUGUGUGUGCUUCGGGGCGAUAGUCAUUCAGUAAGGUUACCUUGGUGUUCUUGGGCACAAGGACUAUGGUGGCCUGCUUGAAACAUGUUGGAAUUACAGACUGGCUCAGGGAGAGGUUGAAAAUGUCAAUGAAAACACUUGCCAGCUGGUCAACGCAUGCUCUGAGUAUGGCCUUGUGAAUGUGAAACUUUUUAAAGAUCUUACUCACAUCGGCUAUGGAGAGUGUGAUCACGUAGUAGUCCGGAACAGAUGGUGCUCUCACUCAGGAUUCAGCAUUCUGCAGCGAUACGCCAUCCCAUUUGGUUUGCGCUUAGUGGGACUAUCAUUUGUUUUUCAACUGGACAAUGACCCAGAACACACCUCCAGGCUGUGUAAAGGCUAUUUGACCAAUAAGGAGAGUGAUGGAGUGCUGCAUCAGAUGACCUGGCCUCCACAAUCACCAACCUCCACCCAAUUGAGAUGGUUUGGGAUGAGUUGGAACGCAGGGUGAAGGAAAAGCAGCCAACAAGUGCUCAGGAUAUGUGGGAACUCCUUCAAGACUGUUGGAAAAUCAUUCUGGGUGAACCUUGUUGAGAGAAUGUGUGCGCGAAGCUGUCAUCAUGGCAAAGGGUGGCUACUUUCAAGAAUCUCAAAUAUAUUUUGAUUUGUUUAACACUUUUUUGGUUACAACAUGAUUCCAUAUGUGUUAUAUCAUAGUUUUGAUGUCUUCACUAUUAUUCUACAAUGUAGAAAAUAGUAAAAAUGAAGAAAAACCUUAAAUGAGUGUGUGUCCAAACGUUUGACUGGUACUGUAUGUACAGUCACUGUGGGAACGACGUUGUCAAUGCACUUAUUAAUGAAUCCGGCUGAUAGUAAACUAGUAGUAAACUCCUCCAUGCCAUCCCAUGAAUCCUGGAACAUACUUCCAGUCUGUGCUAGCAAAACAGUCUUCUAGCUUACUAUGUACUGUGUUUUGGUACAGUACAUACAAUGUACUGUAUCAUAAUACCUCCGGCAAGAACUUAAAGCCAGAGGUUGUAAGAUUUUCCGUAUUGUCAACGAAUAGUAUAUACCUACCAUUUUGAAGAAAAUGACAUGUACAAAGAAUUCUCAAAUAAGAUACGGACAACGACUUAGCUUAUUAAAGCUGUAGAAUCACUUGUCCUCUUCCUUUCCACACGCCUAUUUUCAGCAUCAAAAAAUCAGUCAAAUCUUACAACAAUACAAUCACGUGAUGAAUGUUGACAUUGACCAAUGUUCUGGUGAAAUACUCAAGGUGCAAGGCAGGGGCACGGUUUGACAGCAUAUUUAUGAAAUGCCUUGUUAUGUUAUACCCACUGUUCCAUGUUGUUCUCCCGUUCGCUCUUGUUCAGAGUCACAGAUUGACUUUCUCCAUUACAGGUAGUAACACUAGUACAGAUUGUUCUGGGAAAGCCUUUCGCCUAUGACGCUGAUCUAUCCAUAACAAGCUUCUGUGUGCCAAAUCACCUUGAAGAACAACAUAACAUCACCUCUUGAACGUGAAUUCGUUCUUGUCAAACAUUUUAUGACCUGAGGCCCUAACCUCUUACAAUAUGACUUUUUUUGUCAUAUUUGUCAUAUAUAUGAAGUCCCCCUGAGACUUUUCUUGAUAAAAAAAAAAAGUCACUAUAUAAUGUAACUUGUGUGUGACAUUCACUAUUGAUAGAUUCUCCUUUGAACAGAGCCAACGAAUCAGGUACAUGUACUACCUGUGUACUACCUGUAAUAAAACAGCUUUAGACUGGGACAUAUGUCAUCCUAAAGCAGUAGAAUCCCUGGUUUUCCUGUAAUCCCUGGGUAUAUUCCUGGGAUAGAGAUUGGUAUAUAUUCCCUGAUAUAAAUCCCAGGAGGUCAUUGUACAUGGCUAUUACUAGAGGGGAAAUUGCUGUCCAUGCUGAAGAAAGGUGCGAGUAAAAAACAGUUGUACACUGCAGAUGUAUUUUUACAUUUACAUCUUGGGGGAAAACAUAGAAAUCCAAAUAAAUUCGCUCAGCUCAGUGUCAACAAACUACUGUAUACAGUUGCUUACUUGUCUUCAAACCGCAAUAUCUCGUAACACACUCCUAACAUAUAGAUUAUGUGGUAGCAAAUGUACCCCAUUAAAUCAUUUGAGGGUGUUUUUUUAUAUAAUUUACAGCAGAUUACAUUUACAUUUAAGUCAUUUAGCAGACGCUCUUAUCCAGAGCGACUAGUAGCCAUGCUACCCAAGAUCCUUCUGUCACUGUUCCCAUAACUUGGAAAUAACAAGCAUAAGCAGUGUAUUGAUGGAAAUUCUAGGUUGUUGGGAAGUUUUGCUGUUUUCCAAUGGCGAGUGUACGAAGAUGCAUGCAUCUGAACACCAAGGUUUAAGUGGGUAAUCAAAUUAUUUGAUAUGCCAGGAUCUAUAAACUUGUUGAUUAGCAUCUGCAAUUGAACUCAACUAAAAAUGUACUUGGAUUGUGACUAGAUGCUUACCAAUACUACCUUACUAAAAAACAGGUUCAAUCUCACUUGUGCUAUUUUGUUCAGUGGGGAGAAUGUGUUGAAGUGUUGUUUUGGUGUUGUAUUUUUUCCAACAUUGUUCGUCAAACAGUACUGUAUGUAUAUUAUUGUAAAAUGACAUAUAUUUUUUUACAUGUAUCAUUUCAAAUGUUGUAAUGUAUAUAUAUUGUCUUUAAAAUAUAUUUAAAUGAAACUAAAUUAAUGCCAAUAACUUUGGGGGAAAGGCAUUGACUUUGGAAAAGUCUACCACUACUUAUCAAAAUGGGAAACAUUCUGUGAGAAAUUGCACUGCACAAAAUGAUGAAUAAUGACAUCUUUGUCUGUAUCAGUAUAGGGCAUGCAUAUGGUAUUUGGUAAAAGAGAGAUUGAGAGCAAGUAAACCUUGGAUCAAUACAGUAUGUAUUUUAAUAAUGUCUUUGCCUGAACAUGUUACAGUAUGUUUUAAUAUAGAAAUAUUUACAAAUAAAUGUCGAUCACACAAUUUGGCUACCCUCGUCAGAGUGCAAAUAAAAAAGAUAACUGUUGUGA